CGAGUCACAUGGCCCGGGUUUCUAUUGAAACCAGUGGGAAGAGGCUUGAAGCUCAGCCUUUAGUCCAUGUUUUGGAUGCCAAAGGCAGCAACAUGAGUGGAGCCCACCAGGACGGAGAAAUAAUGGCAGACAGCCUCCAUGUGAACACCACGGCAGCUCUGGGACUGCAUGACCAGGAGAUGGACUCAGCUCUGUCUGAGUUCAAAGUGUUUAACAUUGUCAUCAUCGCCCUGGCCUUGUGUAUCCUCACUAUCACUGGCCUGUACUGCAUCACCGUCUGCUACAACCGCACCAGGCAGUCAAAGAGAGCCCACGUGUAUGAGAGCGCAGUGACCCGAGGCGAGCCGGCGGACCCCGUCGCGGUCAGAGCAGUAACAAGGUCCACCAGCUUCAUCAACCCUCUCGCCUUCUUCAGGAAACAAGAGGCAGCAAAGGACAACUCCAGGAUCUACUACAUCUACAGUAACCCGCUGCCUGUGGGCCUGAAGGAGGGAGAGGAGGAGUGCCGGACUAAAGCCUCACAGGGAGAGGAGGAGCAGACUGCACUGAUGCUGCCGCUGUCUUUUCAAGAGUACGCGAAGGACCCCUGCAGUGGCAUCACCCUGGACCCUCCCAUUUUUUACAUGCAGCUUUAGAAGGUGUUAAAGUGUUGUGUUGUGGGACUGUGACGAGAAAUGAUCUGAAAGUCACGAGAGAGACACUGGAAUCUGAGAGGUCUGAUUUUGACCCCUGCACCCAAGACUGACUAAAGUUAUGUCACCAUGUACACUAAAGUGGGCACUCCCAUCUGUUUUUAGGAAAAGACAUAGCCUGGGAAUCUAUAACAGAAAACCUGCGUCAUAGACCGGGUACACUAUACCCUUUUAGCAGGGUUGCUCUUAAAUUACACCAUGAGAAAUGUAGGAUAUUAUGGCUUAUAUACUCAUACUGGGACUUAGGUUCUGAAUAUUCCAUCCACUGCUGCUUCAAUUUAGACCAUUCUUAGUUUUAAUCUGUGUUGUUAGUCCCAUGAAAGUACAAUACUGAAUCUAGGUGUAAAGAGAAACAAAGUCAACAAAUCUCUGUUGACUGUUUCUGUGUAUUUCACUGUUUUGAAUACAAAACAAUGUGGAUGUAAGAGCAAAUAUCUGUAAAUAUAUCUGAUAAUAAACUGGGCAACUGCAUUUGA